AUGCCUGUUUCUGUAUUACUAACAAGCACAAGCCGUCGACUUCGCACUAUAAUGAACGGUGCGCGUGCACUGAUUGCAGUUUGUCAAUUGACAUCUACUCACGAUAUGGAAUAUAAUUUCGAGAUUGCUAAAUCAAUGAUGAAACGUGCGAAAGAGCGUAACGCACAGAUGAUUUUCUUUCCCGAGUGUUUCGAUUUUGUUGGGAGGAACCGUGAAGAAAACGAAUCGCAAGCUGUGACAGAAGAUGGCGAUUAUAUCGGCCGUUAUCGUCAGUGCGCCAAACAGUAUGGACUCUGGCUAAGUUUGGGUGGCUUCCAUGAAAAGAAUUCUAAUGAAGCUAGAAAGCCUUUUAAUACCCAUAUCAUCGUUGAUGACCAAGGAGUAACGCGUGGACUGUAUCGAAAGCUUCAUUUAUUUGAUAUAGAUAUUCCUGGAAAAGUACGAUUAAUAGAAAGUGAAUUCUCUAGUCCUGGAAACGAAAUUCCAAAACCAAUUUGCACACCUGUCGGAAACAUAGCUAUGUCCAUAUGUUACGACCUGAGGUUUGCUGAGUUGGCUUUGUGGAAUCGUAUGAAUGGAACUCAUAUUUUAACGUAUCCUGCUGCUUUUACCGUCAGUACUGGUAUGUCACAUUGGGAGACAUUACUGAGAGCUCGUGCCAUUGAAACGCAGUGUUACGUUGUUGCUGCUGCUCAGACUGGUAAGCACAAUGAUAAAAGGUCUUCUUAUGGCCAUACAAUGGUUGUUGAUCCUUGGGGAGCAGUAAUCGCUCAGUGUUCAGAAGCUGUUGAUAUGUGCUUUGCUGAAAUAUCACCGAAUUACCUAGAUGAAAUUCGAAAAUUGCAACCUGUCUUUGACCAUCGUCGUUCUGAUUUGUAUUCUUUAGUAAUGCUUCAGAAAAAUGAAAUUGGGAAUGAUGAUUACGUUUUUGGAGACCACAAGAUUCCAUCUGAGCAUGUUUUUUACCGUACAUCUCAUACAUUCUGCUUCGUAAAUCGAAAACCCGUUUUACAAGGACAUGUUCUCAUUUGUCCAAUCCGAUACGUUAAACGGCUCACUGAACUGAGCAAUGUCGAAACUGCCGAUUUAUUCAUCACUUCUAAAAAAAUACAGGCUGUACUAGAAAGUUAUUACAAAACAACUUCUUCGACAAUUUGCGUCCAAGAUGGUUCCGCUGCUGGACAAACUGUCUCACAUGUGCACGUACACUUAUUACCACGUACGAAAGGUGAUUUAGGUGAUGAUCCUGAUAAUGUUUAUCAUCGGUUAGCCGAGCAUGACAAAACAGAUGACCAGAAGUUUCGAGAUAGACGAGAAAUGCAGGAUGAAGCUAAUUUGUAUCGAAGUUUGUUACUUAUUAAACAAGAAUAG